CAUACGGCAGCAUAACUCCAGCUAGCCUCACGGCUCCUCGGAACAUCCGCUCGCCUAUGGCGGGCUCGAGAGCUUGGUAAAUCUCAUGCUCGCAAAAUCCUGCCUUAGUUGUUUCUGCUUUCCAUCCCAUACAUCAGUGUAAAGAUGUAUUGCAUUCUGCACUAACAUGGAUUUGCAACAAGGUAUAUUUCUGCAAUCAAAGCAUCAUUCUCACUCCUCUACAACUAUCGCUACUCUUUCAACGGGCACGCUGGGUGUGGUUGGGCUUGCGGCCACUGCGCUGUCUCUCGGUGCGCCCGUUGCCAGCGUUGCGGUCCUCCCAAUUCUGGCUAAUCGACUGCUUCGCCAACCUCUGCUGCUUACGGUCCUGACGGGCGUUGCCAUUCAAAGCAGCCGAUCGCGAGCGCUCAAAGUAUCGAUCAUCCAACUCCUGCUCGUCUUGAGCGUCCUGAUCAUCCUGGUAAUCGUCUCGCUCGUAUUCGCUGAAAUCGGCGGUGGGCAAAGGGGGCGGCGAGCGCCCACGUUUGCCGUGGCGAGGGCCUUCGCGGGGCGCACGGCGCUGAAGACGCAACUGACGCUCGCGCUCGAGCUCCUCAGCGGUGGGUUCGGGGUCGUUCCCAAGUUUGAUUGCCUGUUGGGCUUGCGGGUUUUGGGGUUGAGCCGUCACCGCAUCCUUCUGCUGCUGUUGGUUGGCUCCAUUCUGUCCCUUCCGCUUGCUCGCAGACCUAGGCGCCCUCUGCUUCUGAGGUUGCUGCUGCUGCUGCUGCUGCUGGGCUUGGGGCAAAUUUUUGAGCUGACUCUGCGCCUGAGAGGCGUUGAGCGCAGAGUUCUGAAGCUGGGUAGCGACGGCACUGGGUGUUUGGCGAACCAUGUUAUGAUAGAAAGGAUCGAGUUUUGUUGAGAAGAUGGAGUAGAAGUUCGGUUUCGGUUUCGAGUGUUGGGAAAAGUUGAACGAUGCAGAGAGUUCUCCACAAGUCUCGCAGCCCUUUUUAUAUUCCUCGCCUCACAAUACGCUCCGAAUGCACAACUCAACUGAUCAGGCUUAGGCUUCACUCAGUUUGCGCCUCUGUUUGCAUCGCGCCAUCCAUGGACGACUCGGUAUGGAAGCCAGACCCUCUUCUGCAGCAUUUUUAGGAAACAGGGCCUCCAGAUUAUUUGGUCAAGGUCAUGUUGCCUUUACA